AUGGUAGUUAAAUGGAGAGAUACAGAGGCUAUGUUUGAAGGGAAAAGGCUGAUAUUUGAGGAGGAGAUCAUCAAUGCAGGAAAGUUCGGAAGAUGGGUUGUUGUUUGUACACGGACAGGGAUUCAUUUCUACGGGGAGGAGGACAUGACCUUGAAACGAUCAAUAAAAGCUGCUUUUGUGAAGAAGGAGGGGAUCUAUUACCAGAACAAGGAAAACAACCAUGUGAUGCUUGUUUCACACCCCUUUGAGCCCGAGGAGUUUGUGUUCUUCCACCAUGGGUUUUCCCUGAAGGAAGUUAUAUCUGGGGAUAUGAUUCUAGAAGGUGUGGGAGGAUACCUUAUCAAGAAUGUUGCGACUGAGAGGUUCGAUGUUCAAGAGAUGAUGGAGUCCUCGUGCUCUGACAUGGCUGAUGACAGCUUUGAUGAGAUCAAUAGGACCCGAAUGUUAAUUGCCUACAGGGUAGAAGGAGGGAUAAGAUGCCUUGUUGAAGACUACGAAGAAAGUGGAAGGCGUGAGGGAGGAGUAGAGAUGGAUAUUAUAGACUAUGACAACUUCAUGGUGGGGAUUCAUGGGGAUGUAGCACUAUUUGUCAAGCCUGGAAGUAGUAGGGGAGGGGUGAAGAGAAGCAAGCUGCUGUCUGAAACCACUGUAAAGUUUGAAAAGGACAUUGGAUGUUUUGUAAAGUAUAGGAUGAAGAUUUCGAAGGGCAAGUGGCUUGAGUUUUUGAGAAUUAACGACAUAUUGUUUCUCGGAAAUGAGGUUGUGUGCUCUCCAAUCAGAAUGGAUCUAUGGCCCAGGUCAAGGGUUUCCACCCGAUGGAGACAGGAUUAUUGCAAGCCUUUCUGGGAAGGAAUAAAUGAGUUGGAAAGGAACGUGCUUUCAUGUUACCCGAAGGCCAUGCAAAGAGCAUUUAUGAGCACGUUUCUUCAAAGUAAAAAGAAAAGGUUUGAUCUGUUGGAGCCUACGGAAGACAUUGUGGCAGAAGUUGAUAGUGCCUUAGAGGAGUGGUUAGCUAAGUGUAGAAGUGUGUGGGAGUUUUUAGGUAUGGAUAUUCCACAAAUGAAGGGGCUAAAGACUGUAUCCAGAUGUGAAGAACUGGUUAGAUAUGCCCGUCCCUCCUUUGUAAGCAGCAAAGAUGUGAUGAAGGUGAAAUAUAGAAGGAUCAUGAGGUGCAAUCUAGAUGCAAUUGUAAACUUGAGAUAUUCCGAUGUGAUGAAUCUUGGGUACAGGGUGAUUUAUAUGGAAAUGAAGAGAGGUGAAAUACUUAGAAGCACAAAGCCUGUAAGAUCUAUUAGAAAGCUCUGUAAGAUUGCUGAGAAACAUUUUGGGGAUCCUCGAAUGGAAGAAGUAGUUUCGUUGUUUGACGAGAAGCCAAUAACGUUUGAGAUCGAUGAGUAUGACCUAGAGAACAAGAGGGAAAAAGGGUACAUUCUCCGAACGGUAUCAAAUAUAGGAAGGGCCUAUCUGUUUUGUGGGUUAGGUGCGAUCAAGAAUAGAUACAACCCUGAACAGCUAAAGUUUCCGAUCUAUAAGAAUGGAGAAUUGAGUGAGAUUGAAAUCAAAGAGAGUGGGUGGGCAGAUUGGCCCACAUUCAACUACUCUGUCUAUAGAGGCUGUGGACUGAGUUCUUGUGACGAAGUAGCACACGACUUUAUAGAGUCAAGGAUCCUUGAGUUUGCAUCUACAGGAGUGGGAAAUGAAUUUGAGGUUGCUGGUAGGAUAUUCGCCUUUGGACUUCAAGGUAGGCUGAGUGAGAUUCAUCCUCAAAGUGUUGCACAACUUGUUACACCAAGACAUCCUGUAGUGUCCAUGGCGAUUCUGGCAGGGACGGGGAUUAGCCACAUUGGAAAGAGAGAUGAUGUACUAGGAAAGAUGUAUUUGCAUUAUCUCAAGUCCUCGCAGCCUUUGUAUAUUCAUGUUGGAUGUGUUGUUGGGCUUGGAAUGCUGUAUGCAGGAAGUGGAAAUAUACUUGUUAAGAAUGUUUUGAGGGAGGAAGCAAGUAGAGAAGGGGUUUUUAGGAACGAGCAGUACAACAGGGGAAAUAAGAUAUGGUACGACUACACAUACAGAGUCAUGGCAUCUCUUUCUAUGUCCAUGCUGUACAUGAAGACUAGCCUUGAUGUGUUCCGAUUCAUAAAGUUGAAAGACUCCCUCUGUGAGCUUCUUGCCAAUGGAAUUAUCCUCUUUGGUAGUAAGCAGAUGAGAUUUCGAAAUAAACUCCGAAGAUCUGAUGCAAGCAAGCCCGAAGAAGUUUUAUAUUCUGAGUUGUUUUCUCUUGGGUUGGAGAUGAACGAGAAUCUAGAUGUCAUUGUUGAAGAGGUGAGGAAGAAGGCUGAGAAUGCAAGUUUCUAUGAACUUUACAGGUUAUCUGGGAGGAUGUUAUAUGUGUCUGUUUAUCUUCUGUAUAAGGGUAUCUCCUUGGACCUUAGCGGAGGCCUCUUCAAAGCCAUUCUGGAUGUAUGUCUUCUUGCGGAAAGAUCUAUGAAGAGUAAUAGUGAGCUUAAGAUACUUUUUGAUACAUCUCUUGUGACGCUUUCAUUGAUAUCAAACUCGUCUUGCAAUCUUGAUGUCAUCAGGAUUCUGAGGAGACAGAUCAAGGCAACAGAGACAGGGAAGUCUUUGUCUGAACAGGUAGACUUUUUCUUCACAUCGAGCAGGUGCAAGCAAGAAGUACAGCUUUCCAUGAGGUAUGGGGAUAUUGAAAGGUACAAGCUAUGUCUUGGGAUAGUAGCUUGCGGGAUGGGGAAUCUAAAGAUUACAACCUCCUUCCACCUAGUUUUCGAUGUGAUAUCCACCUUUUUCACCUGCUUUCCAAUUUCUCCCAUGGACCAGGAAUACUUCAACAUGGCCAGGUACUUCCUCAUCUUGUCAUUGAAAGCAAAUCCAGAAGGAUUUAGAAACACAACGAAGUAUCUGAAGCAAGGGAAUAAGGGAAGUAAGGGAAAGUUGAGAAAAGACAUGUGCCGAAUCAACAAGACUUUCUUGAAGGAGUAUUCCGAAGCAUCAGAUGCAGAUAAGAGGUUUGUCGUCGAUGUUCUAACAGACUUUUACGAGCAGUAUGGUGGCAAGGAUAACUUGCUUGAUGUUGAGAUGUUGAAAAAUAUAGCUUGUAGAACCAUCUGA